AUGCAGGUAAAACAACCGAUAAUACUCAUUGGAGAAACAGGAACUUCAAAAACAGCAAUAAUAUCAAAUUUCCUAAGAAACAUUAACACGACUAAUUAUAUUGUCCUGAACAUAAAUUUUUCAUCACGAACCACGUCAAUGGAUGUUCAAAGAACAAUAGAAGCAGCUGUUGAAAAACGAACAAAAAAUAUAUUUGGACCACCUGUUGGUAAAAAACUAAUUGCAUUUGUUGAUGAUAUGAACAUGCCAAAAGUUGACGAUUAUGGUACACAACAACCAAUUGCAUUAUUGAAGCUACUUUUUGAACACGGUGGAAUGUAUGAUCGAGGAAAGGACUUGCACUGGAAACUUUUUAAAGAUAUUUCAUUUAUGGCUGCAAUGGGAAAGAGUGGUGGUGGACGUAACGAAGUCGAUUCUCGUUUUAUAUCGAAAUUUGCCGUCAUCAAUUUACAAUUUCCUCUCGAUUCGACAUUAAAGCAUAUUUACGGAAGCAUAUUGAAUGGUCAUUUAAAGUCAUUUCCGGAAAAAGUUCAGACGGCAUCUGAUAUUGUCGUACAAAUGACUCUCGAUUUAUUCGAAAUUGCUACUUUACAAUUGCCUCCUACGCCAUCAAAAUUCCAUUAUAUUUUCAAUUUGAAAGAUUUGUCUCGCGUUUAUGCUGGAAUAUUGCUAACAAGUCCAAUAAACUUUAAGGAACCACGACAGCUUGUCCGAGUUUGGAGAAAUGAAUUUACUCGUGUCUUUUGUGAUCGCUUGAUUGUUGAUAUUGAUGUUCACAUAAUACGUGAUCAAAUGAAUGAAAUGAUUAAUAAGAAUUUUCGAGAACCAGAAUACCGGCCUAGAGUGUCAAACCUCUCUCACAGAGUUGAAAAAAUUGAAAAAAAGGAUUCAAUUGCAGACAUGCCUGCAAAUCAGUUUAUAAUGCGUGACCCUUUAUUAUUCGGUGAUUUUAGACACGGAGUUGUCGACGAAGAAGAAAGAACGUAUGAAGAUUUGCUUGACUUCACAGCAUGUAUGCAUCUUUUCACAGAGAUCAUGGACGAAUAUAAUGAUCGUCGUGGAUCAAUUGAUCUUGUCCUCUUUGAUGAUUGUCUUGAACAUUUAACUCGUGUUCAUCGUGUUAUGAGAAUGCAUAGAGGUCAUUUAUUGCUGGUGGGUGUUGGAGGGUCUGGAAAACAUAGCAUAUCUCGGCUUGCUGCGUUUGCUGCUGGUUGUGAAGUGUUUGAGAUUACGAUUACACGUGGCUAUAAUGAAGAAUCAUUCAAAUCUGACUUAAAGACCCUUUUCAAUAAUCUGAUGACACAACCGACAGUUUUUCUGUUUGCAUCAGCUCAAAUUGCAGAAGAAGGAUUUUUGGAGUUUAUAAAUAAUAUUUUAACCGUUGGAAUCGUGCCAGCAUUAUUUAAUGACGAAGAGAAAGAUACGAUAAUUGGUAAUUGCCGGAAUGCUGCAAAGGAUGCUGGAUAUCCCAUUUCAAAGGAUGGUGUUUGGAAAUAUUAUGUCGAUAAAUGCUCAGAAAAUUUACAUGUUGUGCUAUGUAUGUCGCCAUCGGGCGAUACAUUACGGAACCAUUGUCGCAGUUUUCCAGGUCUUGUUGGCAAUACCACGAUAAAUUGGAUGUUGCCUUGGCCAAAGCAAGCGCUAAGAUCUGUCGCUCGUGGUUAUAUUUCAGAAAAUCGUAAAAUACCUGAUAGCUAUAAGGAUGAAAUUAAUGAUCACGUUGUGCACGUACAUGAAUCAUUGACAUAUUACACACAGGAAUUUAUCACCAUCUUACGUCGUCGCAAUUAUAUAACACCAAAACACUAUCUCGAUUAUGUUACCACCUACAUCCGUCUGCUAGAUGAUAAGAGUUCAUUUAUCAUGAAGCAAAUUGUUCGCUAUACCGAUGGAAUACGUAAGAUUGACGAUGCAUCAGCACAAAUAGACUUGUUGCGAGCGGAAGUUGAGAAAACGAAAAUGGAAGCAGUAAAGGCAGCUCGUAAUUGUGAUGAUGUUAUGACUGAUAUUGAGAAUUCAACGGAAAAAGUUAUGAAAAAGAAAAAGGAAGCAACAGAAAAGUCAACUGAAGUGGAACAAAAUCGCAAACAAAUUACUAUAGAGCAAGAGGAAGCUGAAGAAUCAUUGCGCCAAGCGCUGCCUGAUUUAGAAAAUGCUCGUGAAGCCUUAGAUACACUUUCUAAAAAGGAUAUUACGGAAGUUAGGAGUUUUGCGAAUCCACCAGAGCCCGUUCAAAUUAUAUGCGAGUGCGUUGCCAUAUUAAAAGGUCUCAAAGAUAUAUCAUGGAAAACGGCAAAAGGCAUGCUAGCGGAUGUUAAUUUUUUGAAAGGCUUACAGGAAAUGAAUUGCGAUUUAAUUACAAUGAAACAAGUAACAAGCUGUCGUGCACAUAUGAAGAAAACAGCAAAAUUAGAUGAAAUGAAAGCAAUAUCAAAAGCUGGUUACGGACUUUUGAAGUUUGUAAAAGCAGUUUUACGUUAUUAUGAUACUUACCGUGAAGUAAAGCCCAAGAAGCUGCGUGUUGAGGAGCUACAAAAUGACUUGGAACAGAAAACAAAAGUCCUCGAAUAUUUGAAACUCGAAGUAGAGACACUUGAAAAGGAAUUGGAUGAAUUAAAUAAAAAGUAUCAAGAUUCUCUCUUACUCAGACAAAAAUAUCGCGACGAACUUGAUAUUUCUGAGAAGAGACUAAAUGCUGCAGACAGAUUGGUAACUGGAUUGUAUUCAGAGAAAAAUCGUUGGCAAAACAACUUACAACAACUUGCGAUCGAUAAGGAAAAUAUGAUUGGAACAUGUUUGUUAUCAGCAGCUUUUUUGGCGUAUGCUGGAGCUUUUUCAUAUGAUUUUCGUAAAACUAUGAUAUAUGAUGAUUGGCUGAAUGAUAUUUUAAGACGAGAUAUUCCAGUGACAAUUCCUUAUUGCAUUGAUCAAGAUUUAUCAGAUGAUGUUGAAAUAAGUGCAUGGUCUUCAGAAGGACUUCCAUUUGAUAAUCUCUCAAUUCAGAAUGGUAUUUUGACAACACGUGGGUCACGAUUUCCAUUUUGUAUUGAUCCUCAACAGCAAGCAUUAGGAUGGAUUAAACGAAAAGAAGCUCAUAAUAAUUUAAAGACUUUGACCUUUAAUGAUGCAGAUUUUCUUCGGCACUUAGAAAUAGCAAUAAAAUAUGGAAAUCCUGUGUUAUUUCAGGAUGUUGAGGAUUACAUUGAUCCAGUUAUCGGAAAUUUGCUCGAAAAGAAUUUUCGCUUGCAAGGAAAACAAGCAUAUGUCUUGCUUGGUGAUAAAGAGAUUGAUGUUGAUGUAAAUUUCCGUCUUUAUCUUACCACAAAACUUUCGAAUCCUGUAUUAGAUCCGUCGAUUUAUGCAAAAGCAGUAGUGAUAAAUUAUGCAAUCACAAUUGAUGGAUUAGAGAAUCAAUUGCUCGCGGAAGUUGUAAAAGUUGAACGUUCUGAACUGGAAGAACAGCGAGAAAUGUUGAUUGAGGAGACUAGCAUAAACAAAAGUUUAUUAUCAACACACGAGGAUUCACUAUUGCGAGAACUUGCAAACUCAAGUGGAAAUAUGUUGGAUAAUGGGGAACUUAUUCAAACACUAGAAAAUGCAAAAACUAAAGCAAUGGAAGUAACAACAAAAUUGAAUUUAGCAAUUGAAACUUCAAGAUAUAUUGACGAAGCUAGAAAUGAUUAUAGACCAAUCGCAUCUCGAGGUGCACAUUUGUUUUUCGUUCUUUCCAACAUGUCUAUUGUAAACACAAUGUAUCAAUAUUCAUUAUCAGCUUAUUUGACCGUCUUUGUUCUAUCGCUGAAGAAUGCUGAUCCUGAUAUUAUUCUAAGCAAGCGCUUAACAAAUAUUAUUGAUAUGCUUACCAAAAAUAUUUAUUCAUACGGAUGCUCUGGAAUAUUUGAAAAACACAAGUUACUUUUCUCAUUUCAAAUUGCUACAAAACUCCAGCAAAGUGAAGGAAAGCUAUCACAAAAAGAACUUGACUUCUUCAUAAAAGGAACAACGUCAAUGGAGAAAUCUGAUCAAGCAUGCCCAGCAAAAUGGCUACCAUCAAAAGGAUGGGAAGAUUUGAUAUAUUUAUCGAGUGAAUUUUCUGAAACCUUUCAAGAGAUUGCUCAUCAUUUUCGAACUCAUUUAUUAGAGUGGCGUGAUUGGUAUGAUUUGGAAAUGCCAGAAAAUGAAGACUGUCCAGGCAAUUUCACAUCACAUAUGACCUCAUUUCAACGAAUGAUGCUUCUUCGUUGUUUUCGAGUUGAUCGAAUUUUUUGUGCCAUUAAUUCAUACGUAAUCGAAAUUAUGGGAGAACAAUUUGUAACACCGCCAGUGAUUAAUUUUAAAGCAAUUUUUGAACAAACUACAUCAAGCACUCCUGUUGUCUUUAUGCUAUCACCAGGAUCUGAUCCGACAGAUGAUCUUAUGAAAUUAGCUGGAUAUCAAAAUAUGCUAUCGGAUAGAUUUAAAUAUAUUUCUCUCGGACAAGGUCAAGAAUCAGCAGCGCUGAAACUUUUUAAAAAUGCUGUACAAAAAGGAGAAUGGUUACUGCUGCAAAAUGGACAUUUACUAAUAUCGUUCAUGAGAAGACUUGAAAAAAUUAUUGAAAAUAUUGAUUCGUUGCAUAAAGAUUUUCGUUUGUGGAUAACAACAGAUCCAACGCCAACUUUUCCCAUUGGAAUCUUACAGAAAUCAUUAAAAGUUGUUACUGAACCUCCAAAUGGAUUGAAGCUAAAUUUACGUUCAACGUUCUUUAAAAUACCAUCAGAACAAUUAAAUGCAUGUAAGCAUGUAGCAUUCAAACCAAUCGUGUAUGUUCUUGCAUUUUUCCAUGCAGUCAUAUUAGAACGUCGUAAAUAUGAUAAAUUGGGCUUUAACAUUUCCUACGAUUUUAAUGAAUCAGACUUUAAUGUUUGCGUUGAAAUUCUGAGUACAUAUCUUUCAAGAAACGAUGGAGCAAUACCUUGGAAUAGUUUAAAGUAUCUCAUUGGCGAGGUCAUGUAUGGUGGACGUAUAAUUGAUGAUUUUGAUAGACGAAUUGUACGUGUUUACAUGGAUGAAUACAUGGGCGAUUUUCUAUUUGACACAUUUCAGCCCUUUCAUUUUUAUCAUGACGAUAAUGUUGACUAUAAAAUUCCUGUAAAUGCAGAGUCACAAGAGGACUUUAUUGCAUCGACUGAUUUUCUACCACUUGCAAAUACACCGGAAGUAUUUGGUUUGCAUCCGAAUGCCGAAAUUAACUAUUAUAGUCAAACAGCACGGGAAAUAUGGAGCCAUUUAAUCGAAUUGCAACCACAAACUGGACAAACAACUGGCGGCACAACGCGUGAUCAAAUGAUUGAUUAUAUUGCAGAGGAUAUUUUGAAAAAGAUUCCACAAACAUUCGAAAUUUGGCGUAUUAAAAAAUCCUUUGCUAUGAAUAUUACACCAACACUGAUUGUUCUUUUACAAGAAUUAGAGAGAUUUAACAAACUCGUCAAGCGAAUGAGCUACACUUUGAGUUUGUUGCGAAAAGCACUUGCUGGUGAUAUAGGAAUGGAUUCAACAUUAGAUAAUCUUUCCGUUUCUUUAUUUAACAAUCAAAUACCAGAUGAUUGGAGAAAACUAGCACCAGAUACUUGUAAAACAUUAGCUGGCUGGAUUGAUCAUUUGAUUCGUCGUGCUAGUCAAUAUAGAUAUUGGUCAUCAUCAGGAGAACCACUUGUUAUGUGGAUUUCUGGUCUUCAUGUUCCUGAGAGUUUUCUAACAGCAUUGGUUCAAAUUGCCUGUCGCAAAAAUAAUUGGCCAUUAGAUCGCUCAACGCUAUUUACCAUUGUAACUGAUUUUACGGAUCCCGAUGAUGUUGAAGAGCGACCAGAAUCGGGCUGUUAUAUACAUGGUCUGUAUCUUGAGGGUGCUCGCAUAAAGAAUCAAUGCUUGGAGAGAUCAUUACCGAAAGUGCUUGUUGAGCCACUGCCAAUAUUGUCCAUUCAACCGAUUGAAGCACAUCGUCUCAAAUUACAAAAUACAUUUCGUACACCGGUCUAUACAACUUCAAAGCGUCGCAAUGCAAUGGGAAUUGGAUUAAUAUUUGAAGCGGAUUUACCAACUACCGUACAUCCUAACCGUUGGGUUCUGCAAGGCGUCUGUCUUACAUUAAAUGAUGACUGAAAAUUUCUUGUGAUUAAAUAAAAAUUAAAAUUGAAUAAAUUUAUUUUUGGAUUCUUUCUUUAAAAAAAAUUUAAA